AUGGGUCCAGUUCAACCCCCCCAGCAAAAAGGUCGUAUGCACCAGUAUGCUCGCGGUCAACUAGAGCAAUUGCAGACUAAGUUCGACGAACUUGAACAAACAGGGGUGUUUCAACGUCCAGAGGACCUAAACGUUGUUGCAGAAUACCUGAACCCUUCCUUCCUCGUCAAAAAAAAGAGUGGUGGCUUUCGCCUGGUUACCGCCUUCUCCGAUGUUGGCAGAUACAGUAAACCCCAACCCUCGCUAAUGCCCGACGUCGAUUCCACUCUCCGCAAGAUUGCCUGCUGGCGCUAUAUAAUCGUUUCUGAUCUGUCUCAGUCGUUUUAUCAGAUACCUCUUGCCAAAAGCUCCCUCAAGUACUGCGGUGUAGCUACACCCUUCAAAGGCGUCCGCAUUUAUACCAGAUGUGCCAUGGGAAUGCCUGGCUCGGAAACAGCAUUAGAAGAGCUGAUGUGCCGCGUCCUCGGUGACCUCCUCCAAAAUGGAUGUGUCGCCAAAAUCGCUGAUGACCUCUACUGCGGUGGCAACACCCCUACAGAGCUCCUAUCCAACUGGAGAAAAGUCCUGACAGCCCUAGAUAAAUGUGAUCUCCGUCUCGCAACCAAGAAAACCAUAAUUUCUCCUGUUUCAACUACCAUCCUUGGCUGGAUAUGGUCUCACGGCUCAAUUCGUGCCUCUCCCCAUCAUAUAGCAGCCCUCUCUUCCUGCACCCCUCCAAAAACAGUCCGAGAUCUUCGCGCUUUCAUUGGACCCUACAAAAUGCUCAGCCGUGUUAUUGAAGGUUCAGCUUCCAUCCUCGCCCCCUCGAGAGUAUUACCGCCGACAACCAAUCAAGCAGCCCUGUGGUUUGGUCUGAGUCCCUUACAACCUCCUUCUACCACGCUCAAGAAGCACUUUCAUCCAACAAGUCCAUUGUGAUCCCAAAACCUGAAGACCUACUUUGGAUUGUUACUGACGGCUCUGUGAAGAUGAAUGCUCUCGGUGCCACACUCUAUGCCCUCGUGACAACAAAUUACUUCUUGCUGGUUUCUUCAGCGCAAAGACCAGAAAACAUCAAGUUACUUGGCUCCCCUGCGAAGUUGAAGCACUGUCCAUCGCGUCUGCCAUCAAACAUUUUGCUCCUUAUAUCAUCCAGUCCAAGUUCCAAACCUGUGUGCUGACCGACAGCAAACCCUGCGUCCAGUCUUUCGAGAAACUGUGCCGUGGCCAGUUCUCCGCCAGCCCACGUGUUACCACCUUCCUUUCCACCGCCAGCCGAUACCAGAUAUCUCUCCGUCACCUUUCUGGCUCUGCCAACCUGCCAUCCGACUUCGCAAGCCGCAACGCACCACCCUGUGAUGACCCUCGUUGUCAGAUUUGUUCCUUCAUCUCUAAAGCUGAAGACUCUGUGGUCCGCCCAAUUUCCGUCCAUGACGUCCUCUCUGGCGCUGUUACUCUUCCCUUCACCACUCGUUCUGCAUGGUUACAAACCCAACAAGAAUGUCCCGACCUACGCCGUGCCCACUCUCAUCUCAAGCAGGGUACCCGUCCAUCCAAGAAGUCCACCAAUAUUAAGGAUGUCAAGCGCUAUCUCAAUGUUGCCUCUCUGUCUAGAGACGGUCUAGUGGUCGUUAGAAAAGAAGAGCCCUUUUCUCCCUCCCGCGAAUGUAUCAUCGUCCCACGCCCUGUCAUAGACGGCCUGCUUACGGCACUCCACGUCAAACUUAACCACCCUUCUCGACACCAGCUCAAACAAGUCGUUCUUCGCUAUUUCUACGCAUUGGACCUUGAUAAAGCCCUAGACCGGUGCUCACAGUCAUGCCACAUUUGUGCCUCACUUCAGAAGAUUCCCAACUGUUUGAUUGAACAGUCCACAUCGGACCCUCCUGAUGCAGUUGGCCUUUCAUUCGCGGCCGAUGUAAUGAAGAGAAACAAACAGCUCAUCCUGGUCGUUCGCGAGACAACUACUUCGUUUACCACGUCCUGCAUAAUAGAAAAUGAACGCCAUGAUACUCUCCGUGCUAGCCUCAUUUUUCUCUGCCUUGAGCUACGCCCAAUAUCUGGCCCAUGCGCAGUAAUCAGAGUCGAUCCAGCUCCCGGAUUUGCUUCCCUAUCCAACGACGAGGAAUUGCGACGACAUAAAAUUACCGUUGAGAUUGGUCGCGUAAAGAACGUGAACAAGAACCCCGUGGCCGAGAAAUGCAUUGCUGAGCUCGGUGAUGAACUGUUGCGCGUCUUUCCAGAAGGUGGUGCCGUCUCCCCUGUAACACUAGCGAUUGCCACGGCAAGCCUGAAUACUCGUAUUCGUGACAGAGGUCUAUUGAUGGGUCGUGGUGUAAUGUACGCAAGUUUGCUGGUUCCCAACUCCGAUCCUCGCCAUAUCGCAUCAAGUUAUCAGAGUGCUUUCUUGUCACCAACAAUUUCACUGCUCCACCUCCAAGUCCUCGUCUCCACCAACCUCACAAGUACACUCCAGCUGCUGAACCCAAGCCUCCCUGUCCACCUCGAGUCCCGGAAAAGUUAUCCCUUCCACCCUACAACGAUGAUUGUGUUUUACCCUCAUCUCACACCACUUGUUUCCCUGGUCCUGAUUACAAACAUUCCCCGUCUAACUCUUAUAAAGCUGAUGAGCUCACUACUAGUCUUCCUAGCCCCUGCCAGUCACCCUCCACCCCCGCUGCAUCCGAAGAUUCACCUGCCCCUCGACGUUCCAGUCGCCAACGCCAUUCUCCCGUUCACCUGCAAGACUUUGUUACAUCAUUGA